CGGUGAGUGAUUCAGUAAAUUAAUUUACUUAUCGUAUUAACAAAGUCGCUUCGUCAAGUUUUACAUUUUGUUUCAAUGUUAACAUAAAAACGAAAGCUAUAAACAAAAACAUGUAAAGUCGCCGUUAAAGUAGUGUGAUCGAAUCAAUCGUUACCCAUUUUUUUCACCAAAACAUACUGCAGUAUUGGAAAUCUUUGUACACGUUUCUCGAUCAUCAUCAGCAACUGAAGCAGACUAUGGUGAAACUAAAAGAAGCGAGCAGUAGUUAUGUUUUACGUAUUUUACGCCUUAGCUGUGGUCUUCAUUGUAGUAUGGUGCGUGUUAUGGAUACUUCAUCUGACAGCUAUAUUUCACGCUAAACUGAAGCUGCAUAGGAAAGUAGAUCCUUACCAUGGAAUCCCGUACGAAGGAGUUUCCAUCCUCAAACCGCUCAAGGGUGUGGAUACAAAUCUGUACUAUAACUUAGAGACGUUCUUCACGCUGCAGUUUCCCUUGUACGAAAUACUGUUCUGUUUCGAAGAAAGUACCGAUCCUGCGAUCGCCUUGGUAAACAGUUUAAUCGAAAAGUACCCCGAUAUCGAAGCUAAGAUAUUCAUCGGUGGCAGUACGGUCGGCGUGAAUCCUAAAAUAAAUAACAUGCACCAAGGGUACUUGGCGGCGAAAUACGAUUACGUUAUGAUAUCCGAUAGUAAUUUGAAAAUGAAAGAAGAAACAUUGACUGACAUGAUGCAGUUAAUGGAAGACGAUGUGGGCAUCGUGCAUCAGAUUCCAUUCACAGCCGACCAAGAUGGUUUUGCGGCGGUCAUCGAGAAAAUCUAUUUCGGUACUGCUCACGCUCGUAUUUACCUAUUUGCCGAUUUUAUGCAAGUCAAUUGCCAUACUGGCAUGUCGACUUUGAUACGAAAGUCGCUGCUGGACGAUGUCGGCGGCAUUCAGUCAUUCGGUUGUUAUUUGGCCGAAGAUUUCUUCAUGGCUAAAUCGAUCAUGGAACGGGGUUGGAGGACCCGUAUCAGUAGUUUGCCUGCUUUACAAAACCCUGGUUGUUCGAGUGUUCGUUCGUUUCGCGAAAGAUUAAAACGAUGGACCAAACUUAGGUCCGCCAUGGUGCCUCAUACCAUUUUAUUGGAACCGAUAUCGGAAAGUUUGAUCAUCGGGGCUUUCACUUCUUGGGCUGUGUGUGUAAUGUUUAAAUGGGACCCUGUUGUAUUUUACCUAGUUCAUGUACUUAUUUGGUUUCUAUUAGAUUAUACUCUGCUCAGUAUCAUACAAAACGGUAGCUUACCUUUUAAUAAGUUUUACUUUGUAAUCGGUUGGUUGUACAGAGAGAUAAAUGGACCUCUAAUAUUUCUAUCAGCUUUUUGGGAUUCGACUAUUAGAUGGCGAUCUAGAACCUAUAAAGUACACAUCGGUGGAAUCGCCGAAGAAAUUUCGCCCAAAAUUAAAAUCUAAAUUGCUCAAAUUCGUUUUCAGUCUUGGGUCGAAUCGUUAUUAUAAUUCUAUUUGCCUUUUGUUUUUUUUUCCCUUCGUUCGAAAAUAAACGGUUGAAAAUUUUCGAACGUUCGUGGUGAAAUCUUGUUACACUUCCAGUUACCUAAAUUUAACCAAAUAAAGAGGUGAAUUUUCGUUAUUGUAAUAAUUGUAAUAAUAUUCGCUUAGGUACGAAUUAUUCAAUGUUUCUAUCUAAAUAGAACACUAUGUGUUCGAUAAUAUUGUUUUUUUUCCUGAAAAAGCAUAAAUACACGUACUUAAAAUGUUGAUACAUGAUCAUAGGUUAAAUGUAUGUACUUUUUUUUUUACCUACAUGCCAUAACUUUUCAACUUUUGAUUUUUUUUUCUGUUUUUUUGUUCGUUUGAAACGUUUUUAUAAACUUUAAAACGUUACUUUCCUUCCACCGAUCUGAAUGAGCCAGUAUUGUAAAAAUUAACGAAUUUUUAAACGAUAUGCCUACGAUUAUUAUUACUCUAUACAAGUUUAAAAGGUUCUUUUAUCCCUCUUGAAAAAAUUAACAAAAGAUAUCUUAACCUUGAAUAAACAAUUCGCGAAUUUUACGUUUAUUAUAAAAUUGUGUGUAUAUAAUUACUUGUUUUUUGUACGAUUUAUUUAAAAAAUAUGAGAAAAAAAACGAAAAAUAAUUUUUGUAAUAUUUGUAUAUUAUUCUAGAUUUUAUAUUUAAAUCUUUUUUUUCCUUCAGGGUUUAUAAUUAAAAAUAUGAUUUGAGCUUAUUACUUUAAGUGUUCUGGAAAAAAAACGCCCAUUUUCCCCCUACUUUUUAUAUUGACUCGCGUGAACAAAAAUGCGAUUAUUUCGACAAAGAUGCAAUUAUGUAUGUAUUUCGAUAUCAUUUUCUUAUGACCAAAAAUAUUUCGGAUUCGUGAUAGGCUUAAAUUUACGCUUUAUCUACUUAAUGUGAAAAUUAUUAAUUUAUUGCGCGCUAAUCACGACAUCGAUCCAAUUUCCGUAUUUUCGCAACUCGAUAAGGUACUACAUGAAAGUCUUCUAUGAAAUUUAAUAUUAUUAUAUCGUUUUAUGGUAGUGUUUGAAAGUGGAAUAUUACCAGUGCGUUGUGAAUUACUAGUCUCUUGAGGUGAAGCCGCAGUGUUACUAUAGGUCUUGGAUUAGGUUACGAACUAACAGAAUAUUAUGCUGAGGUAUCGAAUCACGAAAGGAUAUAUAUUUUGAAUUCUGGAGGAUUGAAUUUUUAUCUCGAGUAUCUGGUGAGGUGCUAUUAUUAUUCAGUCAGAAUUUUUUUUAAAAUUUUUGUAGCCAUUUAUAAGUUUGACAUUUUGAAAUUUGGGGUUCAAAAGCUUGCAUUGUGCUUGUUACCUUAUUCUUUGCAACAAAUUCAUUAUCAACUUGUGUGCAAACAAUCCAAAUUGUUAUUUCUCUUAUUGGUCUGUUUUGACCACAAUUUUGUGUAAAAUUGAUUUUAAAAUGUAAUCUUGUUGCUUCACUUUUCAUUUUUUUUUUUCGCAGUCUGUUUCUAAUGUUGACUCAUAUCAAAGUCUCUAAUGAUUUAAUCUGCGCUGAUAAGAACGAUAACGCGAUUAGAAUCAAUUUCACGAAUGUUGAACCGAAAUAGCUAACUCUUUUGUUGCAAAAAUAAAAAUGUAUUCAGCAUCCUUCAACCUACCCAUGUCCAUGUUCACCUCAAUUUUUAUCAGUGUUUUUUCAUGGGAAGUUUAGAAACAAUUUAUAUUCGUGACUCACUUCAAUUGUUAUUUCCCAUGGUUGAUGUGUUAUCAUUUUCGUUCUCAUAAAAAUGUGAAGCAUCUUUAUAAAGAAAAUCCAGUCAUUAGCUCCAAUGCUUAUUGAAUUUGUGUUUGAUCAAUUGGUAAAAACUUAUUUUUAAAUCUCCACUGUGAUAAUUUUUUGAAAAAAAAAUUCAGGCGAGUUUUUUAGUUUGAAAUGAAAUCUAUUCUGGCAAAACUGUGUACACGGUGUUUCUUUUAUCUGUAUCUGUUUCCUUCCUGUUUGGUCAUCUCUGGAUGAUGUAUUAAAAUAGAAUUCCUCGGCGCUGUUUCUGCAGUCGAACCAUGCAAUCAGAUUACUCAAAUGAUUUCUAAUUAACCUUUAAUUAGGAUGUGAUUUUCCAUUUUAUUGAAAUAAAAAAAUUAGUAGGUAUUAGAGAUAAUUAUGGAAUUAAAUGACCAGUGGAAGAAUGAUUUCAGGGAAAAGGCUAAAAGCUUAUACUUUUAAAUAACCAAUUAUCAUAAUUCGAUACUCUAAUUAGCGAAUUUUUGUUCGAUAAAAAGUUAACAACGCCUUGGUAUCCAUCUUUCGAACCACUAUCGUUCAAUUUCGAGUACCUACGCAGAAUUACCGCGACGAAAAUCACCUGUAAAAUUGUAUAGGUACUAUUUUAAACUUAACGAUACUUUAAAAUAAAUGAAAAGUCAUGUUUGGCAAAUAUUUGAAUGAAGAUUUUUACAACGCCUAAUGUAUACCAAUGUAGAUGUACAUACGAUUUUAAUACUUUUUCUAUUAACUUUAUUGUUUUAUCUUUGUCUGAAUUGUUACCAGUUUUUACUUUUUUAGUGAGAAGGACUCGAAUAUUGUGUUAUUAAUUUUGUACGUCGUUGUAACGAUUCAAUAACGAUUUUUUUUCUAGCCAGUAUCACCAUUGUUUAGCCUGUAAAAUAAGCGUAUAAGUUGCUUUUUGAAGUAUUGUUUUUUUUUUGAACGUUUGAUUUUGGGACACUGUUUUUUUAUUUUGAGCUAUUUCCUUUUUUUUAAUUACAAAAAUACAUUACUUGAUUUGU